AAAAUACUAUGUAGUAUGUACAGUAGUAGGGAGGUCCUUUGCAUGCUAUUAACCUUGUGCAUUUCCUCUUGUAGUGUAUAUAUUUAUUCUUCUUCUGUCUCUUAUACCCUACAUAGAGUGACAUUCAUGGAAGCUUCACAGCCUCUUUCGAUUGAAAGCUUUUCAUACAGUUGGUUAGUAAACCUAAAACCAUCCUUGGAAAGCUUAGACAACUCCUUCAGAGCCUCAUUCGACGCAUCCGAUGAAGCUUCCUUCAUCGAGAUGGACCCAACAAUGCCACCCUCCAAGAGAUUUUUCAGAAACUCUCAGGACUUCAAGUUUGAUUUCCCUAUUUCACAGUCUCCUCUCACUCUUCUUCAUGCAGACGAGCUUUUCUCCAAUGGCUAUCUUACUCCUCUCUUUGUCGACCCGGUGAAGAUGGAUACAUAUUAUGCGGCCUCGGAUUCCACUCCUGCUCUGCCAUCCUCUGCACAUGCACCAAAAGUCCUUGUUCCAGCUGAAAACAAUCCUUAUUGCACGUCCUAUAGAAGGUGUCGAAGACUAUCAAAGCACAUCUUUCAGAAGUACUUGGAUUUUCUGAAGCCUUUCUUUCGAAAACUGAGAGGAAACAAGUCAAAUUCUAAGCCUGAAUUUGUUGAUAAAGGAGUUCAUGAGGCCAUGAAGAACUGGGUAUACUCGUCCCAAACAUCUCCAAGAAUAAGUGUAGCUUAUUCAGCCGAUGAUUGGCGCAGAUCUUGUGACUCUGAGAGCUCAAUUUAUGAGGCAGUUCUCCAUUGCAAAAGAUCCAUAGAAAAAUGAACAGAGGGUGUUGUACAAAACAAGGACCUGAAGACAAGAAAAGGAAAGAAAGGAAGAGGAAGAAGUGGAAAAUUUUAAAGGAGCAAUUCAAGAUACACAUGGAAACAGAGGAAAUGUAAGGUGACCAGAAGAUCAUCAGCCACAUGUUCUUUGUCCCUUUGCAUUAUAUUUCUGGGCUGAUAGUGUAAAGUGGAAGCUGCGUGAAAGGUCGGCAAUGAGAAUUAUGGACUUAGAUAGAGGGGAAAAUUGACACAUUACAAUUUGUAUGUAUUUUUUCAUCAUGGGAGGAAAACUUCCUACUGCAAACAAUCUGCCUCCAUUAUUAUUACUGUGCAGUUUUUACAUCAUGAUAAAAAUAAGAUCUCCCGAAUACUAUAUU